CUGAAAAACCCUUUCGCCGGAGUAGGAUCUCUUUCACUUCCUAACGGAAAAAUGCAAACAGCCUCAAAAAUCUUCACUGCUGAAACUCUCCGCUCUGCCGCCAAGCAAUCCGAACGAUGUCUCGUCGUCCCCGUCCGCCUUCGCCGCGCAAUCAAGAAGUAUCUCCAGGAGCAAGAGGAGCCGCAUAUGAAGAGGAAAGUACUGCACUUGUCAGAAUCCUUCAGCGAAAUCAAGAGUGUUAAUCUUCAGCUACUCGAGUCCACAUCGAAGGGGCUCAUUGAGGAUCCAUUGAAGUCCAUGGAGCGGUCUCAGAGAUGGAAAAUCAAGAGUUCUUAUGGGGACAUCGGUCUCAAGUACAGAGACGAUGAGGCCAUUGCUUAUGUUGCUUCCCGUAUGCCUGCUGUCUACUCUGCCUGCCAUAGAAUUUUUAGCGAGAUUCGUAGAAGGCUACCAGAUUUCUCUCCUGCAAAUGUGUUGGAUUUUGGUGCUGGUACUGGUUCUGCUUUCUGGGCACUGCGAGAAGUUUGGCCUCAGUCUGUGCAGAAAAUAAACUUAGUGGAGCCAUCCCAAUCUAUGCAGCGUGCAGGCCGUAGCCUCAUACAAGCUCGAUAUCUGUACAUCAUUGCCAACUUGGGAGUAUAUGUUUGGGAUGCAUUGCUCCAGAUCUUGUGAAAAGCGUCAAUUAGC